UCGGAGCUGGGAUCAGAGGUUUAUAUAUCUUUGCAGUUUCUCAAUGGCAGAAGUGACCCGUUUCACCCACAAGGGGAUCUUCUUCAGCCCUCAAUAUCACUCAGUAGAAAACCUCAUCUUUUUGGAAAAUGAAUUCCAGCUAUUGGAUGACGAUAUAGUGAGUGUGGUUUACCCUAAAUCAGGCACUCAUUGGAUGGCAGAGAUCUUGAGCUUGAUCCGUCAUGAUGGGGACCCCACAUGGAUAAACAGUGUGAAGCUUGCGGACCGAGCACCCUGGUUUGAAUCAGUGACCGGCAUGGAGUGUGCCCUAAAAUAUCCACCUCCCAGGCUCAUGUCUACUCAUUUGCCAUUCCGGCUUUUCCCAAAGUCAUUUCUCCACUCUAAGGCCAAGAUUAUCUACACCGCACGGAAUCCCAAGGAUGUGCUGGUUUCAUCUUACCACUUUGGCAAAGCCUUGAAAAUAAUUAAGGAUCCUGGAUCUCUGGAAGAAUUCCUGGAGAAGUUUCUGAAUGGGAACGGUUUAAUGGCCUCUGGGUCUUGGUUUGACCAUGUGAAAGGCUGGCUGGAGAUGAGAGACAGAGCCAACUUCUUCUUCAACACCUACGAAGAGCUGCAACAGGACCUGCGAGGCAGUGUGGGGAGGAUCUGCCGCUUCCUUGGUAAGGAGCUGAACAGCCAGCAAAUUGACUCGGUGGUGGAAAACGCCUCCUUCCAGAAGAUGAAGGGCAACAAGCAGUCUAACGGUGCCCAUAUAUCUGACACUGUUAUGGACCACACCAAAGGAAAGCUCAUGAGAAAAGGGAUCUCUGGGGACUGGAAGAACUACCUGACAGUGGCACAGAAUGAAUACUUUGACCGUAUUUAUCAGGAGAAAAUGCAGGGUGUGAAGAUGACCUUCCCUUGGGACUGA